AUGGCGUCCAGAACGAUCGCCGCUCUCUUGGGCUUGCUUAUGGUGGGAGCGCUAGGCCGCGAGGUGAACGGCGCUCGUCUACCGAAGCAGGGAAGCAGGGACGUGGCUAAACCGAGCGAGGUCAUUUCUACCAGCUCGCGCAAGCUGCUACAGAACGCAGGCUCCUGCGCCUUCGUGAACGCCCCGAGCGCUUCUGGCGCCGACGGGGGCGUGAACCCCAACGGUGUUCUCUGCCGAUUCUUCUUCUCCCAGAUUUCAUUAUGA